ACUUCAUUGAUUUUGUGGUUUAUUUCAAUGCAUUUUGCCAUCAAGUUCAAAAAUAAUAACAUCAAAGGUAGUUAGUAUGCAUUGCUGGUUAAACACAUUUCACUGUGAUUUGUAGCCGUCCACUGUUAGUUGGUAUAUUACUUGAAAACUUGAAUGUAUUUUGUGAAAAUUGAAUUUUCUUGUUACCAAAUUGUUCCUAAUGAGUUAUUAUAAGCUGGGGGAGUGUUGCAUAUAAAAUUUGAUAUUUUGGGUGAAAAUUGGGAGUUUUUAUACUUAUGUUACUACCCAUGUAUCCUCGAAUAUAAGCCGGCCCCCUAAAGUGGUUGAAUCAUCAAAAUUCAGAUAAAAACUGGCCCCUCAAAUCAUAACACACUGCACGCACCUAUCACAGCAAAAGUUGCUUUAGUGCGAUCAGAGCUAUGGUCGUAUAAUCUGCCCCCUAAGUUUGGCAACUUUUUUUUUUAGUUAUCUCAGCUUAUAUGGGAGGAUAUAUGGUAAUUAAAUUCUUUAGGCAUUCUGGUUAGCGAAAAGUUUUCGUAAAAUGCACCAUUUUUUUUAAUUGUGAUUAUACUUAUAGCUGCACUUUUUUUUGAGAAUCUGCGUAAUGUACAUAUAAUUUGAUUUCAAAUAGUUUGUAUAAUGAAAUGUAUUUUUUUAGAAUUUUAGAUUUAUCUUGUUACAGAAAUAAGAUAGCCAACGCUGUGAUUCUGAUUGUGGAACUGUUGCUAUUUAUCCCUAUGUGAGGCUGACGACUGGAAAAGACUGUAUACUUCAUUAUUGUAGUACACAAAUUGGGAUAUUAUAAUACUUCUGUUUUAUUGUUUGCGAAUUUCUACCGAGUGACUUUAUAUUUUGAAUAUUGGUGGUCUCUACAUCGGAACAAUUUUUAUUUUUGAAAUUUUUGAUGAGAAAAAUGACGAACCAAUGGGAGGAUCUGAGGAAACAAGCUCGUCGACUUGAGAACGAACUCGACCUAAAACUAGUCUCGUUUAGCAAACUCGGGACAAGUUAUAGCAGCCAUGCAAGCGACCAUACACCUCUUCUUGGGAAUUCGAGCAGCGAACGAAUGUUCGAAACCAUGGCGAUGGAGAUCGAACAACUUCUGGCGAAAUUAACGGGCGUAAACGACAUGAUGGCCAAUCACAGCGAAGCAAUUAACGGUCCAAGUUCUGCAAUGCAUACUCUACAACGACACAGGGACAUACUUCAAGACUACACUCAUGAAUUUGCGAAAACUAAGAGCAAUAUCGUCGCCCACCGUGAAAGGGAGGAUUUAAUCGGAUCGGUUCGACGUGAUAUCGACGCUUACAAAAGCGGAAGCGGAGCUAAUAGUCGACGUACCGAUCUUUAUCUAAAAGAAAACGAACAUUUAAGGAACUCUGAUCGCCUUGCCAGCGAGGCAAUCGACAUCGCCAUGGCAACGAAAGAAAAUUUGGGAACGCAACGAAAAAUUUUCAAAAAUAUGACAACGAGAUUGAAUAACCUUGCUAAUCGAUUCCCAGCUCUUAAUAGUCUUGUGCGACGAAUUAAAAUGAGGAAGCAAAGGGACUCGCUUAUCAUGGCUUCUGUUGUGUCCAUCUGUAUUAUACUCAUUCUGAUAUACUGGUUACAUUAGCUGAUUUAAGAAGAGCAUUCUAAAUAUUAUUUCUGACUUUUACAUCUAGAGAUGCGGGCCCAGAGUUUGCAGAUCUGCAGACAAAUAAGAAGCACUUGCAUGUGCUAAAUCAGGGGUGUGCUACCUGCACCUUCAAUAAAACAUUGUGCUACCCGCGAAAUUUUUUUUUGCCUGCGACUAUGAGAUAGCCAUUAUUGAAUAAAAGUUGGGUCCCCGCGGUUCCACCCAGUUAUUUCUAUCUGGCUUAUUAUGGUGUGAUUUUUGGGUCUUGGGAAUAUGAUUGAUACUGCUUGAUAACCAGUGUUAGUUUUCUUUCACCCUAAAAUUCUGUUUUAUUUUCUAUGUUAUGGCCAUACAGAGUAUUUUCAAUAUGCUGAAUAAUAAACUGUAUGUCAUUGCAUAUAGGAUGAUCUCGCAUAUAAUUCGACAGCCCUAAAAUGGUGAAUUUAUAAAAAUUAGCAUAUAAGGCACCCCUACAAAUCAUAACACGUUGUACGCACCUAUCAAAGCAAAUGGUUACAGAAAAGAAUUAGUGAAAUUUUGUGUUAAGUCGAAUAAGUCUAAUUUUAUAUAUUGCGAUCAGAGUUAUGCAUGUAUAUGCCGCAUUUUUAGUUUUCAACUUGGCUUAUAUGCGAGGAUAUAUGGGUACUGAUUGUCAUGCUAAGCACGCUCUAUUUUAUGAGCUACAUUCAGUCAUUCUGGUAAGACCCCUGUUAUGAAUAUCUUUUAAAUGUACAUUGAAGUCGAAGAAAAAUUGAUAUUUUUUUUCAAAUUUCAGAAUAGAUGAUUAUUAAUGAUUUUGGGCCGUUCUUGGUUUGAUCUUGCAAAUCUAGGCAAUGUAAUCAGAUUCACGCACUUUCUGUCUCACAGACUUUUCCGACCUUAAAGCAGCAUAAGAUGGUUUGAGUUAUCAUUACUUAUCGAUUUUAAUCGGUUGAUAGGUAUUUGUCUGUCUGUUAGAUGCACGCGAUAUCUCACGAAAGCGAGAUUGAAUCUGCUCCAGAUUUUGCAUGUGCAUUCAUCAUAUGUCAGACCAGAUUUUGGUACCGUACAAAUGCAUGUAGAUUUAUAUAUUUAUUUGGUCACAGUUAUAGUUGUAUUGCCGGCAGGCAAACAAUAUAUGGCGCUUGUGCUAUGAAUAAAUAUCCAUAAAAAUAUUUCAAAAAAUGAUAACUCAAAUUUAAUGUCGGAAAAGUUUGUGGGACGAAACUAGGGGCGCAGCCAGGAAUUGUCAAAUGGACGGAUUCUAAAAUUUAUAAUUGCCAAGUUAGGUCGUAAGAGAAAGCGUUUUUGCAUUUUAAAACGGGGGUUCCAACGUUCAAAACCGCUCCGCUGGCUACACCCCUGGACGAGACGUCUGGAACAAAGUCUUUAUAUCAAGUAAUCACAUAUGUAAUGAAAAACUAUUUAUAAUUAUCUGCAUGUUGCGCCGAUAUAAAUAUAUGUAUUGUUCAAUGACUAGUUAUCAGUUUAAAUGUUAUAUAUUGUUGUAUUAUAUUAAUCUAUUUAGACUUUGCUUAUUGCUCUAUUCUGUGAAUAAUUCUUUGCUUUUUAAUGUUCUUCAUGUUAAUAUUGAAUUCUGUGGUGAAUCAUCUAUUAAUUUUCAAUCUUUUUCUUGUAUCUAG